GAAUGAUGAACUUAUGCUGUUCUGAUCCUGUAUCAACAAGACAUUCAACUGGUAGAGGAGAACUGGUUAAAUUAUUAAAAAUGAAUUAGAGGAUAAAGAAAAUUAAUACAAAGCAAAGACAACAUAAAUGAGACCAAAACGAUUCAUCAUUAUUUAAGGA